AUGGAAUACAUGACAAGCCUGCUGUCUGCUGCUCCACCUAGUGCGACCGUCGACGGUGCUGUCGACGGCGUUAUGCUCAUGCAUGACGAUGUCAACCCGCCCGGCGCUGUCUGUACUUACACUUCAAAAUGUGACGCUAUUGGUUGCACUGAGGUGAAAGACUGGGACAAUGGGAGCGACCUCACGGUACAACGUUUCCUUGCCUACACCGCCAUGGUCAACCUCAACAACUACCUCUAUAAUAUCUACUUUAGCCUGUUAGAUUCGGGCACAAUAGGUGGAUUGGUGAGCGGUAACAUCGUCACAGUGUUCUUCACGAAUCCAUCGCCCAGUGCUACUUGGAAACAAAUCAUGGGCACUGUCACUCCACUUCUGGGGCUCGGUUCCGCUAUCCUUGGACCAUUGAGCGCCGCCAUCAGCCCAGUCCUCGGAGCUCUAAGUGCAAUCUUCAGCUUCAUCGCGGCUUUUGCCACCGCGAAUAGCAUCGGACCAGUCGUCGACCAGAGAUUCAGCGAGUACUCCACUAUCACCGAUUUCAUCGGAAAUUAUCUGAAAGGUACAUCUACCGGAGUAGAAGCUGCCUUCAACAGCACCAUCGGUUCAAACUCAUCUAUUGCGGAGUGGACCGAACUGUUCACAGGCGGUUUCUGGGUGCAAUCGGACUACACUCAAGGCCUCGAGACUGGUAUACUCGAUAACUUUGUUAAGAUCUUUACAUACAAAGCCAUCAAGUAA